GACAACUUCAAAGCAAAAUGAAGUUCGUUCUGCUGCUUUCCCUCAUUGGGUUCUGCUGGGCUCAAUAUGACCCACAUACUUCAGAUGGGAGGACUGCUAUUGUCCACCUGUUCGAGUGGCGCUGGGUUGAUAUUGCCAAGGAAUGUGAGCGAUACUUAGCUCCUAAGGGAUUUGGAGGGGUGCAGGUCUCUCCACCCAAUGAAAAUAUUGUAAUUCAUAACCCAUCAAGGCCUUGGUGGGAAAGAUAUCAACCAAUCAGCUACAAAAUUUGCACAAGGUCUGGAAAUGAAGAUGAAUUCAGAGACAUGGUGACAAGGUGCAACAAUGUUGGUGUCCGUAUUUAUGUGGAUGCUGUCAUUAACCACAUGUGUGGCUCAGGCAAUCCUGCAGGAACAAGCAGUACCUGUGGAAGUUACCUCAAUCCAAAUAACAGGGAAUUCCCAGCAGUUCCAUACUCUGCUUGGGACUUUAACGAUAAUAAAUGUAAUGGAGAAAUUAGUAACUACAAUGAUGCUUAUCAGGUCAGAAAUUGUCGUCUGUCUGGCCUUCUGGAUCUUGCACUUGAGAAAGAUUAUGUUCGUACCAAGGUUAUUGAUCUGGGUGGUGAGGCAAUUAAAGGUAGUGAGUACUUUGGAAAUGGCCGUGUAACAGAAUUCAAGUUUGGUGCAAAACUUGGCACAGUUAUCCGCAAGUGGAAUGGAGAGAAGAUGUCCUAUUUAAAGAACUGGGGAGAAGGUUGGGGUUUGGUGCCUUCUGACAGAGCCCUUGUGUUUGUGGACAACCAUGACAAUCAGCGAGGACAUGGUGCUGGAGGAUCAUCCAUCCUGACAUUCUGGGAUGCUAGAAUGUACAAAAUGGCUGUUGGAUUUAUGUUGGCUCAUCCUUAUGGAUUCACAAGAGUAAUGUCAAGUUACCGUUGGAAUAGAAAUUUCCAGAAUGGAAAAGAUCAGAAUGACUGGAUUGGACCACCUAAUAACAAUGGAGUAACAAAAGAAGUGACCAUUAAUGCAGACACUACUUGUGGCAAUGACUGGGUCUGUGAACAUAGAUGGCGUCAAAUAAGGAACAUGGUUGCCUUCAGGAAUGUAGUCAAUGGUCAGCCUUUUGCAAACUGGUGGGAUAAUAACAGCAACCAAGUAGCUUUUAGCAGAGGAAACAGAGGCUUCAUUGUCUUUAACAAUGAUGACUGGGCUUUGUCAGCCACUUUACAGACUGGUCUUCCUGCUGGCACAUACUGUGAUGUCAUCUCUGGAGAUAAGGUCGAUGGCAAUUGCACUGGACUUAAAGUAAAUGUUGGCAGUGAUGGUAAAGCUCACUUUUCCAUUAGUAACUCUGCUGAGGACCCAUUUAUUGCAAUCCAUGCUGACUCAAAACUGUAAGAAUCAAAUUAAAGACAUGUAGAGAGCACAUCAA